AUGGAUGGUGCUAAUGGCAUCAAUACAAAUGGAAUUGGAGGAGCAAUCCGUAAUUCAAGGGGGGAAUGGAUACUGGAAUUCGCGCAAGCCAUACAAAAGGGAUCUACAAUAUCAACUGAAUUAUAUGCUUUGCUCAAAGGCCUUACCUUAGCCUUACAACAUCAUUUGAUGCCUAUAGAAGUUGAGUUAGAUGCUAAGCAGAUUAUUACUUUAUUACAAACUGACAAUUUUCCACAUUCCAAUAUGAUAAAUGACUGCAGGUACCUCCUCAACCAACUUAUUAAUCCGCCAGUCCGACAUGCAUACAGAGAACAGAAUAUGGUCGCGGAUCAACUAGCAAAGGCAGCCAAACUUUUUGUUCAUAUGACUGAUCCCUAUUUUUAUAAUGUGGCACCUCCUUUUGUCAAUCAAGCUCCGGAAGCUGGAAGCACCUUUUGGAUGUAA